AUCCACGUAAUAUGUACAAAACUUGACUGAUUCUAUUUCAUCCUCUACUUCAAUAUUGUUUUCAGUAAAUGUAAUAAUAACAUACUUUAACGAUAUAUUUGUCGCUUUGUGAAACCGUUAACGUUUGUUUUCCCAACAUUUCCGAUAUCUCUUAGGUGCCUGAAGGCAGCUUACGUCACGCAAAUGGCGGACGUUGUAAACAGAGCCAGCAGCUUCGAGGACUGCCGAAGUGAAACAGCUCUUUUUUAAAAGAUGAAUAGCAUAGAAUACGAGCGAUUAGACAGCCUGGAUGGCUGGGUGGCCGUUAAAAGCAACAUAUUUGAGGAAACAGAGACGUUUAAGCUGGGGUUUAUCGUACAGUGGAACGUCAUCGAGUGUAAGUUCGCUGUCACCUGCCACAACCGGACGUUACAACGGCAAAAACGAAAAGCCGAAGUUGCCGUUGGCGACGCUCAGAUGAGCUGGGCUGGACUCUUCUCCGUGAGUGAUUUGAAACAUAUCCAUCAGCAGUUUACAUGCGUCGCCGAUGUCCUGGCUGCCUGCUUCCCGGACUUGUCGGAGUUUGAGGAGGGCAACAUUUGGGACCUGCUCUUCCUGAGUCGGAGGUCAGGUCAAGAAGAUGACGACGAGCGUGACUUUGACACACCGUGUCGGAGGCUCGAGAAGUAUUUCAGCGCGGCGAUUGACAUCUGCGGACGGAAGAUUGUUCUCGACACGUUGUUCACCCAAGAUGAGCGAGACGUCGAGGAGUACUUUGAAAACCUGCAGGAGUUCAAAAGGAAAACCAUGCAGGAGGAGAUGUCGAGGGCCAAGGGUCACCUGCGACAGCUGCUGCAGAGUCACGGCAGUGCUGACCGAAUGGUUGCGCUGCUCAGCAUCUAUGAGGACGAGGAUGAGGCCUACCAGGACCUGGCCACUGUGGCCACCACCUUCUUCCAGUACCUGCUGCAACCUUUCAGGGACAUGAGAGAGCUGGCCUGCCUCUACAAGUUGGAGAUCCUGAAAUCUUUGGAGUAUGAGGACUUGGGUCCUAAGAGAAUUGCAGCUCUGGAGAAGGAGGCGGAGGAAUGGAGAACGAAAGCAGAAGACGCAGUCGCCUCAAUCCAGGACAUCACUGUCACCUACUUUGCACAGACUUCAAAGGCUCUAGCUGGUAUGUUAAAGCAGAUGGAGGAGGAUAAGCGUCGUUUCGGAGCUGCUGCCUGGGCGUCUGCCGCUCCUAGACUAGAGAAACUACGCUUCCUAUUGGCCAAAGAAACCCUGCAGCAUAUGAGAGCUGCAGAGAUGUGCCUCAACCGCAAGAAAGACGGCAUCAGAGAACGGUUGGGCGGCUUGUCUGGCAGCGUCCAGAGCCAGAGAGCUGAUUCUGCGUGUGUGUCCAAGGACGGCCAGCAGCAGGACACAGUGGAUCAGCUGGAGCUGCAGUUCUAUGAAACCCAACUAGAACUGUAUGACGCCAAGUUCGAAAUCCUGAAGAAUGAGGAGCAGCUACUGGUGGCUCAGAUAGACACCGUGCGAAGACAGAUUAAAGAACUGAAGGAGGAGGUGGUCUACUAUGACGUGUGUGAGGAUCCCGAGGAGCUGCAGAGCAUGGUCCACACGGGUAUUCAACAAGCAAACUCCCCGGCCGUCAACCAGCUCAAAAGACGUCUGCAGACCUUGGAGACCAAGAGAGGCAACAUCUGUGCCCGGCGAGCAUACCUCCGCAACAAAAAGGAUCAGUGCAUGGAGGCUCACGAGCAGAAGCAUAUCACAGCCAAGCAGAGCUCCAUAGUCUUCACCCAGCAUCAUCAAGUCCACCUGAAACGAGAGAAGAAGAAAGAGGAAGAGCAGAAGAGGAAGGAGUGGGUUGACCAGGAGCGAGAGAAGACUCUGAGCAGAUUACGAUCCUUCAGAGAGAAGCGACAGGGUCAGUACAUCCUGAAGACACCUCAGUCCAGGAUGUCUUCCUCAGAGCUGCCAUGUCCCUCCCAGCCGCUGUCCAUCAUCAGCCUCGGCCCCUCUCCCUCCUCCGACGGACAGCCCUCCAUCCGUCCUGCACCCAGACGCAAAAAAACACCCAAGAAACAGCAGCCUCAAGACAUCCCUGUCCAAAUAUACUCUGCACCGCCACCUCCGACAACAAACAUCCCCACUGUACCUCCUCCACCACCUCCUCCACCACCACCUCCUCUGCCUCCCCCACUGCCGCCCCCCGCCUUACCUCCUCCACCCGUCAAUGCUUCGCCUUCUUCAGGGGACACACCGAUGCCUCUCAGUGAAAAAGAGGACCCUCCUUUCCCAGCCAAGAACAUGCUCAAACAAAACAUAGGGACAAUGGAUGAAGUGUUGGCCUCACUGCAGCGUGGACAGAUCCAGCUUCGAAAGGUCCCCGCUCCCAGGACAGCGACCCUGGCUGAGGACCCGAGGAGCAGCCUGAUGUCUGCCAUCCGACAGGGAGUCACACUGAAGAAGGUGGUUCCAGCGCGCUCAGAAGUCCAGAGCAGCGGAGACAAUGAGCUGGAGCGCAGCAUCAAAGCCGCCAUGAUGAGGAUGAAGAAGGUGUCGGCGGACUCUGACGAGGAGGAGGAACGAGGAGACGAUGAGACACAGAGUGGAGACUGGGACAGCUGAGAACACACAUGCACACAUACACACACAAUGAUGAAGCUAUUCUUACAUCACCCUGCUGUUCUCAGCUACAGUUUAAAGAUGCUGCCACGUUAUCGUCCUCAAAAGCUUCUUUGACAAGGACGGGAUCACGCCGCCUCUGAAUUCGAUAUCGCUGUUUGCUGAAGUCGUAAUCAUCUUUGUCUUUUCAUAAAUAGCUCCGAGAUGUUGUAACACAUCCCAAACUGCUGAAAUUCAACUUAACAGAAAGUGGCAAAAAAAAAAAAUCAGGAUUUUAAUCUUUAAUCUGCAGAAAUCCCAAACUGAAGGAAUGAGGUUUUCAGCUUCAUCAGUUAUUUAGAAGAAAAGCCAAACAUUCGUACUGUAGUCCAGCAAGUAAAUGAUUGAAUUGGCCUGUUGUGAGACUGUCACACAGCAGGGGGAAGAGACGACUACACUACACAACUCCACUGGCACAAAUACUCAUGUUUCCUACACUGCUUAUUCUAAACUCAGCUGACAUCUGUUAUUUUGAAUGUAAUAAAAUCUCAACAAUUAUUAUAUUUUGGACUUGAUCCAACAAGGGCUACAGAAAAAACGGAGUUUUGUAGUUUUUUUUUUUGCAUUUUAUUACUUACAAGAGGAAGAGUGAUGUCCUGAAGUGCAGUGUUAAUUAUUUACAGGCUAUAUGUCUAAAGUCUACAUUAUUGUUUGUGUUACAGGUUUUUCACUCGUUCUGUCCUCGUUUUUCUUGUUGCGUCAGAAACUUGUGAAUGUUUUAGUCUCAGUUUAGGUGCAAUUUAUGUGUUCUGAUAUUUCUUCCUCUAUGAUGCCAUAACCAAUGAAAUGACAAGUGAAUGCUAAUUUUUUUUU